AUGCAGAUUCCUGGGCCAGAGGGAUUUAUCCGGAGGGCCGAGGCUGGGUUGGGGGAGCGGCUGUCCUGGCCUUUGUGCACGCCCCUUUUCAUCAAUAGCGGGCCAAGAAAGACAAGAGGAAAGCAACAGCAUCCCAGCCCCAGUCCUUACAGCUCCUCCAUCUGCACAGCGGAGCUGGACGGACCAGCCAGAAUGUGGAGAGCACUGCUACUUCAACUCUUUCUCUUCUUCAUUUGCUGUGUUAGUUGGUGCCACUCUGAAGGAUGUGAGCUGGGGCAAUUCCGCUGUGGGACAGGCCGAUGUAUCCCUGGGGACUGGCACUGUGACGGAACAUCAGACUGUGUGGAUGACUCUGACGAACGUGACUGUCCUCAGAUAACAUGUGACAGCAGUCACUUCCAGUGUUUGAGUGAUGGCGAGUGUAUCCCAGAUGUGUGGGUGUGUGAUGAUGAGGAAGACUGUGAGGAUGGCUCAGAUGAGAGGCAACACUGUCCUGGUAGGACGUGUACCAGUGGUCAGUUCAGCUGCAGUAACGGUGCCUGCAUCCCAGGAGAAUACCAUUGUGACCAUCUGGUUGACUGCUCAGAUGCGUCUGAUGAGAGAGACUGCCAUUACCCUGAAUGUACACAGCUGAGAUGUGCCAACGGGGCCUGCUACAACCGAACUCAGAGAUGUGAUCACAUACUUGACUGUCGUGAUGGCACAGAUGAAGCAAACUGCACACAUCACUGCAAUGCAGGCCUGUUCCCAUGUCAUAAUGGGGUGUGUGUUCCCCAACGCUAUGUCUGUGACCAUGAUGAUGACUGUGGAGACCGAAGUGAUGAACUUAAUUGUACCUAUCCAACUUGCAGAGGGAACUACUUUACCUGCCCCAGCGGCCGGUGUAUUCACCAAGUGUGGCUUUGUGAUGGAGAGGAUGACUGUGAAGACAAUGCAGAUGAAAAAGGCUGUGAAAAUGUACCUCGUGAGUGUUACCCAGGGGAAUGGCCCUGUCCAUCCUCUGGUCAAUGUAUCCCCAUUGAUCAGCUAUGCGAUGGGACAGUUCACUGUCCAGAUGGAGAGGAUGAAACCAAUACUACUGCUGGCCGCAACUGCAGUAUUUGGAAAUGUGCUUCUCUGAGCUGUGAGCAUCGUUGUCAUGCUUCACCUGAUGGAGGAACCUGCUCUUGUCCCUCUGGAUACAUUGUCAGCAGCAACAAUAGUCGCUCAUGUAUAGACUUUGAUGACUGCUCGAUGUGGGGCGUGUGUGACCAGUUGUGUGAAGACCGGAUAGGAUCCCAUCGCUGCAGCUGUCAUGAGGGCUACACUCUGGAGCAGCACAGAUACUGCAGAGCUGAUGUCUCAACUGGAGUCCCAUAUCUGCUCUUUUCUAAUGGCAGAGACCUGCUAAUAGGUGACAUCCAUGGCAACAGCAUGCGCACUUUGAUUCAUUCAGAGAACAGAGGAGUUGCAGUGGGAGUGGACUUCCAUUAUCAUCUCCAGAGGAUUUUCUGGACUGACACUAUUCAAAACAAGGUGUUUUCUGUGGAUAUGGACGGUUCCAACAUGCAGGUGGUUUUAAAUGUAUCAGUUGACUACCCUGAGAACUUGGCAGUGGAUUGGGUGAACAAUAAACUGUAUGUGGUGGAGGCCAGCGUCAACAGGAUUGACAUGGUGGACUUUGAUGGAAGUAACCGGGUCACACUCAUCACUGAAAACCUCGGAAAUCCUAGAGGACUGGCAGUGGACCCCACCGUCGGAUAUAUGUUCUUCUCUGACUGGGAGGCUCUCAAUGGACAACCAGGCCUGGAGAGGGCCUUCAUGGAUGGGACCAAUCGCAACGGGAUCAUUGGGAGUAAACUGGGGUGGCCAGCUGGGAUCACACUGGAUAUUGAGGCCAAGCGUAUUUACUGGGUUGAUAGCCGCUAUGACUACAUUGAAACUGCAACAUAUGAUGGCCUUCAUAGAAAAACAGUGGUCCAUGGAGGUUCUGCGGUCCCACACCCAUUUGGCAUCAGUCUGUUUGAACACAAUGUCUACUUCACAGACUGGACAAAGAUGGCUGUGAUGAAAGCAAACAAGUUCACUGACAACAGCCCCCAAGUGGUUUACAGCACAGCCCAGACUCCACAUGGAGUAGCUGUGAUACAUCAGCUGAAACAGCCACAUGUUUCAAACCCAUGCAGAAUUGACAGAGGUGGAUGUGAGCAGAUUUGCGUUCUAAGUCAUAGAAGUGAUAAUGGAGGACUGGGAUACCGCUGCAAGUGUCGUAUGGGUUAUGACCUACAUACUGAUGGCAAGCGAUGUUUGGCUGUGAGGCAGUUCCUGCUGUUUUCUAGCCAGCUGGCUGUGAGAGGGAUUCCCUUUAACCUGUCUUCGCAGGAAGACAUCAUCUUACCUGUCACUGGGUCACCUUCUUACUUUGUUGGUGUGGAUUUUAGUGCUGAGGAUGAUGCAAUCUUCUUCUCAGAUACAACCAAAGAUAUUAUCUAUAAGCAGAACGUUGAUGGUACAGGCAGGGAGGUACUGGCAGCCAAUAGGGUGGAGGGUGUGGAAGACCUGGCUUACGACUGGAUUUCAAAGAACCUCUACUGGACUGACCCGCGAUACAGGAGCAUAUCUGUCAUGAAGCUAGCGGAUAAGUCCAGGAGGGCCAUUGUACGCAACCUCAACAAUCCUAGGGCCAUUGUGGUGCAUCCUAUCCUUGGGUAUAUUUUUUGGACUGACUGGUACCGGCCAGCAAAGAUCAUGAGAGCUUGGGGUGAUGGGUCACAUGCCCAGUCGAUUGUAAACACUACUCUUGGCUGGCCAAAUGGUCUGGCCAUUGACUGGAGUGCAAUGCGUCUGUAUUGGGUGGAUGCCUUCUUUGACAAAAUUGAGCACAGCAAUUUCGAUGGACAAAACAGGCUUUCUUUAGACCGGAUCACACAGAUCUCCCAUCCAUUUGGCCUCACCAUUUUUGAAAGCUAUGCAUAUUUCACUGACUGGCGCCUGGGUGGCAUUGUGCGUGUACGCAAGACUGAUGGUGGGGAGAUGAUCAUUAUCAGAAGAGGAAUCAGCCACAUCAUGCAUGUCAAGGCUUUCAACUCAAACUCACAGACUGGCUCAAACCUCUGCAACAGGCCAACAAAUCCAAAUGGAGACUGCAGCCACUUCUGCUUCCCUGCUCCAAACUCUCAGAGAGUGUGUGGCUGUCCGUAUGGCAUGAAACUGUCUCCAAACCAACGGACUUGUGUGGAGGACCCUUCCAGUGAACCUCCCACUCUUCAGUGUGGGGCCAACUCCUUCUCCUGUGGCAACGGCAAAUGUGUCCCAAAUAGUUACAGAUGCGACGGUGUUGACGACUGCCAUGACAACACGGAUGAAAUCAACUGUGGAAUUAACAACACUACUUGCUCCCCCUCUGCUUUCACCUGUGCCAACCAGCGCUGUGUGCCUACAGGAUGGCGCUGUGACGGGCACAAUGACUGUUUUGAUAACAGUGAUGAAUACAACUGCCCAACACAGAUGCCUAGAACAUGCCCUGCCAAUAAGUUUACCUGUGCCAAUCACCGCUGCAUUCCACAUACGUGGCGCUGUGACACGGAUAACGAUUGUGGUGACGGCUCAGAUGAAACUGACUGCCAUCUGGGAAGCACAUGCCACCCAGGCCAAUUCCAGUGUCCAGACCACCGCUGUAUAGGCCCCAGCUACGUCUGUGAUGGGGACAGGGACUGUGUGGAUGGAGCUGAUGAGGAAGGAUGCAUCUACAACUGCACCGUGAAUGAGUUCAAGUGUUCCAGUGGUCACCAGUGUAUCAACUCCUUCUACCGAUGUGAUGGAGUUUUUGACUGUAAUGACCGUUCAGAUGAGAGAGGCUGUCCUACGAGGCCUCCAGGAAUGUGUCAUCAUGAGACUGAGUUCCAGUGUCAGUCAGACGGGAGCUGCGUCCCGUCCACAUGGGAGUGUGAUGGUCAUCCGGACUGUGAGGAUGGCAGUGACGAACACCACGCAUGUCCACCUCGCACCUGCCCAUCAACACUAUUCCGUUGUGACAAUGGAAACUGUGUUUUACGGAGCUGGAUCUGUGAUGGUGACAAUGACUGCAGGGACAUGAGUGAUGAAAGAGACUGUCCCACACCUCCUUUCCGGUGUCCCAGCUGGCAGUGGCAGUGCCCCGGUCACAGUGUAUGUGUCAAUCUCACCAAGGUGUGUGACAACACUCCUGACUGCCCUAAUGGAGCAGAUGAGUCUCCGCUCUGCAAUGAGCCUUUACCAGAUCAGGAGAGCUGUUCAGACAACAAUGCUGGCUGUACUCACGGUUGUAUCCAGGGGCCAUUUGGGGCCCAGUGCACAUGCCCUGUUGGGUAUCAGCUGAGCAAUGAUUCCAAGACCUGUGAGGAUAUAGAUGAGUGUAAUCCCCCAGGACUUUGCAGCCAACACUGCUUUAAUGAGAGAGGCUCUUUUCGCUGCCACUGCCAGGAUGGUUACACUCUUGAAGCGGAUCAGCGUACCUGCAAAGCCUCAGAUUCUCGUCAGGCGUUCUUGCUUGUGGCAAGUCGAAAUCAGAUUGUACAAGAUGACAUCACUACUCAGCCCAACGUUGUCCGGUCACUGGUUCGAGAUGGACGCAACAUUGUGGCCCUAGAUUUUGAUUCCAUUGGUGACCGAGUAUACUGGUCUGAUACCAGUCAGGACAGAAUCUGGAGUGCUCAUAAGAAUGGAAGUGAUAGAACUGUGAUCUUUGACAGUGGAGUGACUGUCACAGAGAGUCUUGCUGUAGACUGGGUGGGCCGAAACCUGUACUGGACUGACUAUGUCCUGGAGACGAUUGAAGUGUCUAAACUAGACGGCACAUACCGCACUGUAUUAGUCAGUGAAAAUGUCACCAACCCUCGGGCUCUGGUGCUGGACCCCAGAGACAGCGCUCACCUGAUGUUCUGGACUGACUGGGGGAGGAACCCACGCAUUGAGAGGGCCAGCAUGGAUGGACAAAGGAGGAUUACUAUCGUAAACAACAAGCUGUACUGGCCCAAUGGUCUUACCAUAGACUAUCCAAAUAAUUUGUUGUAUUUUGCUGAUGCCUACUUGGAUUUCAUUGACUUUUGUGAUUAUAAUGGCAACAACAGGAAACAAGUGCUGGCCAGUGAUCUGGUACUGCAACAUCCCCACGCAAUUACCAUUUUUGAGGAUUUUGUGUAUUGGACCGACAGAUACAUCAACCGUGUGAUGCGAGCCCAUAAGUGGCAUGGGGAGAACCAGACAGUGAUGCUGUUCAACCUCCCACAGCCCAUGGGUCUGGUGGCAGUACACCCCGCCAGGCAGCCAGCAGGUGAAAAUCACUGUUUGAGGAGCCCUUGUACUCAUAUCUGCCUGCUCUCUGCUGUGGGACCAAAUUACUACUCAUGUGCCUGCCCCUCAGGCUGGACACUGGCAGCAGACCAAAUCACCUGCACCAGAGUUGAGGAUCCUUUCCUGAUUGUUGUCAGAGACAGCAUCAUCUACGGCAUUUCCUUGAAUCCAGAGGACAAAAGCAAUGAUGCCAUGGUCCCUGUCGCUGGUCUUCAAAACGGCUAUGACGUUGACUUUGAUGACAGAGAGCAGACUGUUUAUUGGGUGGAGCACCCGGGUGAGAUUCACAGAGUGAAAUCAGAUGGUACGAACAGGACGGAGUUUGCCCCUGCAGCCAUUCUUGGCUCCCCUGUUGGUCUGGCCUUGGACUGGAUCACAGAGAACCUGUACUACACCAAUCCAGCUACACAGUCUAUUGAAGUUUUGAAGUUGAGAGGGGAGGUACAGUACCGAAAAACUCUAAUCACAAAUAACGGCUCUCCAACUGGCGCUGGCAGUCCUGUUGGCAUCGCAGUGGACCCAGCACGUGGCAAACUCUACUGGACAGACCAGGGAACAGAGAGCGGCAUCCCUGCCAAAGUGGCAUCUGCAGACAUGGAUGGCUUAAACCCUGUCACCCUGUUUACCAAUAACCUUGAUCACAUUGAGUUUCUUACUGUGGACAUCAAAGAGAACAAGCUGUACUGGGCUGUCACGAGCACUGGCAUGAUCGAGCGCGGUGAUCCAGAUGGGACAAACCGCAUCACCAUAGUAACAGGCCUCUCUCAUCCCUGGGGUGUGGCUGUCUUUGAGAACUACCUCUACUUCACUGACCGGGACUUUGAGGUCAUUGAGCGUGUGGACAAGUCCACGGGCGCCAACAGGAUUGUGAUGCGAGACAAUGUGUCUGGACUAAGAGUUUUGAAAAUACAUCACAGAGAGACCUCUGCAGGAACCUCAAAUGGUUGCAGCGAUAACAUGGGGACAUGUGAGCAGCUGUGCCUGCCCCGGCCACAGGGUCUGUUCACCUGUGCAUGUGCCACAGGUUUUAAACUCAGUGCAGACAACAGGACCUGUGCUCCCUACCAGUCGUAUGUGGUCAUCUCCACUCUGUCUGCUAUCAAAGGCUUUAGUCUGGAGGGUUCAGACCACUCCGAGGCCAUGGUUCCUGUGGCUGGCAGAGGUCGUAAUGCCUUACAUGUUGAUGUACAUAUGGCGUCUGGGUUCAUCUACUGGUGUGACUUUAGCAGCACUGUGGCUGUGCAGAACGGGGUCAGACGGAUCAAGCCAGAUGGUUCAGGAUUACGUAGCGUAGUAACAUCUGGAAUAGGACGCAACGGUAUACGAGGCAUAGCUGUGGAUUGGGCUGCAGGUAACCUGUACUUCACCAAUGCCUUCCUGACUGAGACAUAUGUGGAGGUGCUCCGUCUCAACACCACUUUCCGCAGGGUGCUUUUGAAGACCCAGGUGGACAUGCCUCGCCACAUUGUUGUGGACCCCAGAAACAGAUAUUUAUUCUGGGCUGAUUAUGGUCAAAAUCCCAAAAUUGAGAGAGCACUCUUGGAUGGAACCAACCGCACGAUUUUAGUGUCAUCAGGGAUUAUCACUCCAAGAGGUCUAGCCCUGGACUGGCAAACUGGCUACGUGUACUGGGUAGAUGAUUCACUGGAUAUGAUUGCUCGGGUCAACCCUAAUGGAGGAGAGACUGAGAUAGUCAGGUACGGCAGCCGCUACCCAACUCCGUAUGCCAUCAAGGUGUUUGAGAGUAGUAUCAUUUGGGUGGACAGGAACCUGAAGAAGGUUUUCCAAGCAAGCAAAGAGCCAGGCAGCACAGAACAGCCUGCUGUCAUCAGAGACAACAUCAACAUGCUGAGGGACGUUACUGUUUUUGACCAGCAUACCCAGCCCACCAGUGCCCAGGAGCUGAACUUCAACCCCUGCAUGGAGGACAAUGGCGGCUGUGCCCACUUCUGCUUUGGCCUACCAGGUUCUGAAUCAGGUCAACAGAAUAAGAAGUGCAGCUGUGCUUUUGGAAAUCUUGCAGAUGAUAACAAGGAUUGUGUAGUAUCAAGGGAUGAUUAUCUUGUUUACACCACUGAGAGCACAGUGCGCAGCUUACGCCUUGAUCCUGAGGACCAUGCGCUGCCCUUUCCUGUGGUCAAUGUACCACGAACUUCAGUGGCGCUGGAUUUUGAUAUAGAAGACAGGAGGAUCUACUUCACACAGAAUUUGGGUGCAGGAUCAAGCAAGAUCAGCUACAUCAGUCUCACUUCUCCCGCAUCAGCUCCUGUAGAGGUGGCUUCAGAUCUUAGUGCUCCUGAUGGCAUUGCUUUUGACUGGAUAAACAGAAGAAUUUACUACAGUGACUAUGUCAACCAGAGCAUCAGCUCCAUGUCUGUGGAUGGCUCACAGAGGACUAUUAUUGCCCAUGUAUCCAGGCCAAGGGCCAUCAUGUUGGAUCCUUGCAGGGGAUACAUGUAUUGGACAGACUGGGGAACUCAUGCAAAGAUUGAACGUGCCACAUUAGGGGGAAACUUCAGAAUGGACAUUGUGAACUCUAGUCUAGUGUGGCCGAAUGGACUGACCCUGGACUAUGAAGAAGAGAGGCUGUACUGGGCAGACGCUAGCUUGCAGAAGAUUGAGCGUUCUUCUCUGACUGGGUCCAAUCGCGAAGUCAUCGUCAGCACUGCCAUCUACCCUUUUGCCAUGACCAUGUUUGGCCAGUUCAUCUACUGGACCGACUGGAACACACGUAGCAUUUACCAAGCCAACAAGCAUGACGGCUCCAACCAGAGGGUCAUGAUUCAGAACCUUCCAUCUCGACCGAUGGAUAUCCACGUUCUUGCCAAAAGCAAACAGCAGCAGUGUGACAGUCCCUGCCAGCAGUUCAACGGGGGCUGCAGUCACAUCUGUACACCAGGACCCAGUGGAGCUGAGUGCCAGUGUCCAUCCGAGGGCCGCUGGUACCUGGCUGACAACAAGCACUGCAUACCUGAUAAUGGGACUCGCUGCCAACCAGGACAGUUUACCUGUAUGAAUGGCCGCUGUAUUCGUGCCCAGUGGAAAUGUGAUAAUGACAAUGACUGUGGAGAUGGCAGUGAUGAGUUGGAGAGAGUUUGUGGACCCAAAUCUGAGUUCAGCUACAUAGUCCCUCAGGUGCUCUCAUCUUUUAUUAGCUUGUCAGCCUUCCACACCUGUGACCCGACAGUGUUCACAUGUGGCAACGGCCGCUGCGUGCCCUAUCACUACCGCUGUGACCACUACGACGACUGUGGAGACAACAGCGACGAGGAGGGCUGUCUGUUCAGACCCUGUGACCCCAACACGGAGUUUACCUGCAACAACGGCCGCUGUAUUGCCAAGGACUAUGUGUGCAAUGGCAUCAACAACUGCUAUGACAACGGCACCACAGAUGAGCAAAACUGCCCGGAGAGAACCUGCCAGCCAGAACACACUAAGUGCCAGUCUACCAACAUCUGUAUCCCUCGAUCCUACUUGUGUGAUGGCGAUAACGACUGUGGGGAUAUGAGUGAUGAGAGCCCUACACACUGUGCUGCGUCCACAUGUUCCCAGAGUGAGUUCCGUUGCUCCAGUGGCCGUUGCAUCCCCGCCCACUGGUACUGUGACGGAGGAGCUGACUGUGCCGACGGCUCUGAUGAACCCCACUCCUGCACCACUCUGGCCAGAACCUGCAACCCAGAUCAGUUCCGCUGUGAUGAUGGCAGGUGCAUUGCUUCAUCCUGGAUCUGUGAUGGAGACAAUGACUGUGGUGACAUGAGUGAUGAAGAUGAGAGGCACAACUGUGCAAAUCGCACAUGCUCAAAUUCCGAGUUUACCUGUGUGAACAACCAACCACCUCAGAGGAAGUGCAUCCCUCGUGACUGGGUGUGCGAUGGGGAUUCAGACUGUGCAGAUGCUUUAGACGAGCAUCAGAACUGCACACGUAGAUCCUGCGGUGUCAAUGAGUUCGCGUGCAGCAAUGGUCUCUGCAUACGUAGCUCAUACAGAUGUGAUCGGCGUAAUGACUGCGGGGACAGCAGUGAUGAGCAGGGCUGCACCUACCAGCCCUGUCAACAGCACCAGUUCACCUGUCAGAACGGCCGCUGCGUGUCACAUGACUUCGUCUGUGAUGGAGACAAUGACUGUGGCGAUGAGUCUGACGAGCUGGAGCACAUGUGCCACACGCCUCCACCUACCUGCCCUCCUGGACAGUUCAGAUGUGACAAUGGACACUGUAUACCUCUGCACCGGGUGUGCGACAGGAAUGACGACUGCUCCGACAACAGCGACGAGAAGGGAUGUGGAAUCAAUGAAUGCACAGAUCCAUCCACCCACAACUGUGAUCACAACUGCACUGAUACACCCACUAGUUUCAUCUGCACCUGUCGACCGGGUUACCGCCUCAUGUCCGACAGCAAAACGUGUGAUGACGUGAACGAGUGUGCAGAGACCCCCAGUGUGUGCAGCCAGGUGUGUGAAAACACUGUGGGCUCGUAUGUGUGUAAGUGCGCGCCAGGAUUCCUCCGAGAGCCGGAUGGACACAGCUGUCGUCAGAAUAGCAACAUCUCACCCUACCUCAUCUUCAGCAACCGUUAUUACCUUCGAAACCUGUCCAUAGACGGGCAGGCCUACUCUCUGAUCCUGCAGGGCCUGACCAGUGUGGUGGCCCUGGACUUUGAUCGAGUCGAUAAGUAUCUGUACUGGAUCGACGUUAGUCGCAGAGUGAUAGAGAGGAUGUCCUUCAAUGGCAGUAACAGAGAAGUGGUGGUCAAUGGAGUGCUGCAUGGGGAAGGUCUUGCAGUUGACUGGGUAGCCAGGAAGCUCUACUGGGUGGACAGCUUCCUGGAUUGUCUCAAAGUCUCUGAACUGGACGGUCGCUUUGUAAAGAAACUGGCUGAACACUGUGUUGAUGCCAACAACAGUUUCUGCUUUGAAAAUCCCAGGGCAAUUGUGUUGCAUCCAAAAUAUGGGUUUGUUUACUGGACAGACUGGGGAGACAAAGCUUUUAUCGGUCGUGUUGGAAUGGACGGAACCAACAAAGCUGCCAUUAUCACCACUAAGAUAGAGUGGCCUAAUGGGGUCACAAUAGACUACACUAAUGACAAGCUCUACUGGUCUGAUGCCCAUCUCAAUUACAUUGAGUACUCAGACUUGGAUGGCCAGCAUAGACACACAGUAUAUGAUGGUAAUUUGGCUCAUCCCUUUGCCCUGACUGUGUUCGAGGACACUGUUUACUGGACUGACUGGAACACACGCACAGUGGAGAAGGGAAACAAAUAUGACGGCUCUGGACGUGAGGCCCUGGUUAACACCACGCACAGGCCAUUUGACAUCCAUGUCUGCCAUCCUUACAGACAACCUAUUGUAAACAAUCCCUGUGCGGUGAACAAUGGAGGCUGCUCUCACCUGUGCCUGAUCCGUCACGGGGGGCGGGAACACACCUGUGAGUGUCCUGAUCAUUUCCUGACUGUCCAGAUAGGAGGUGUGACCCGUUGCCUUCCCAUGUGCACUAGCACUCAGUACAGAUGUGCCAACAAUGAACGUUGCAUUCCCAUCUGGUGGAAAUGUGACGGUCAGAGGGACUGCAGAGACGGCUCCGAUGAACCCGCCACCUGCCCCAUUCGCCACUGCAGGCUCGGACAAUUUCAGUGCAAUGAUGGAAACUGUACGAGUCCUCAUUUCCUGUGCAACAGCAACCGGGACUGCCAUGACGGCUCUGAUGAAGACCCUGUGCUAUGUGCUACACAUCAGUGUGAAGCCCACCAGUGGCAGUGUGCAAAUAAGCGUUGUAUCCCCGAGUCGUGGCAGUGUGACGGUGAGGACGACUGCGGUGAUCAGUCUGAUGAAGACCCUUCCCACUGCUCUACCAGGACCUGCCGCCCCGGACAGUUUAAGUGUCGCAACGGACGGUGCAUUCCACAAAAAUGGAAAUGUGAUGUUGACGAUGACUGUGGUGACAAUUCUGAUGAACCCUUAGAGGAGUGCAUGGGACCAUCAUAUCGCUGUGACAACCACACAGAGUUCGACUGCAAGACCAACUACCGCUGUGUGCCGCUGUGGUCCGUAUGCAAUGGCCACAAUGACUGCAGAGACAACAGCGAUGAGCAGGGCUGUGAUGAACUGACCUGUGACCCCGCUGGAGACUUUCGUUGUGACAACCACCGCUGCAUCCCACUCAGAUGGAAGUGUGAUGGCGACGACGACUGUGGCGACAACUCAGAUGAACGCAGCUGCACUCCACGCACAUGCACAGAGAGUGAGUUUCGCUGCGAUAAUCUGCGCUGCAUUCCCGACCGUUGGGUCUGUGACCAUGACAACGACUGCGAGGACAAUUCAGAUGAAAGGGACUGUGAGUUAAGGACUUGUCAUCCUGGAUACUUCCAGUGUGGCAGCGGUCACUGUAUUGCUGAACGUUUCAAAUGUGAUGGCAAUGCUGACUGUCUGGACUAUACAGAUGAGGUGUCAUGUCCUACACGCUUCCCUAACGGUACAUACUGCCCACCUUUCAUGUUUGAGUGCAAGAACCAUGUAUGUAUCCAGCCUCACUGGAAGUGUGACGGAGACAAUGACUGUGGAGACGGUUCAGAUGAGGAGCUUCACCUCUGCUGGGAAAUCCAGUGUGAGACUCCGUUCCGUUUCCGAUGUGACAACAACCGUUGCAUCUACAGUCAUGAGCUGUGUAACUCUGUUGAUGACUGCGGUGACGGAUCCGAUGAGAGACAGGAAAACUGCCAGAGUCCCACACAUGGACCCUGCACAGAUGAAGAGUAUAAAUGCAGUAACGGACAGUGCAUCCCUCUACAGUACGCCUGUGAUGAAUACGACGACUGCGGAGACCAGUCGGAUGAGCUCGGCUGCCAUCAAGGCAGUGGACACACAUGCAGUGACAACAUCUGUGAACACAACUGUACUGACCUGACGGAGGGAGGCUUCAUCUGUUCCUGCAGGUCAGGGUAUAAGCCCCGAGAGACAGAAAAGCACUCCUGUGAAGAUGUGAAUGAGUGUGAGGUUUAUGGAAAAUGUCCCCAAAACUGUCAGAACACAAAGGGCAGCUAUGAAUGUUUCUGCGCUGAUGGUUAUGUGUCCUUUGGUGAACCACAUGGAACUGAAUGUGCUGCCCAGGGAAACCCACCAGUCCUGCUCUUACCAGACAAUGUCCGCAUCCGUCGUUUCAACAUGUCCUCUGAACAGUAUUCAGACUAUGUGGACAACGCUGAGCACAUCCAGGCCUUGGACUACCUGUGGGAUCCAGAUGGAGAAGGCCUUAGUGUCGUGUACUGGACGGUUCUGGGUCGGGGGGCUCAGUUUGGCUCCAUUAAACGUGCCUACAUGACAACAUUCAACGAUCAAGGCAACAACCCAGUCAAAGAGGUUGAUAUGAACCUCAAAUAUAUCGCAAAUCCUGAUGGCAUCGCUGUGGACUGGGUCGGCGGGCACAUUUACUGGACAGAUUCAGGGACUAAUCGAAUUGAAGUGGCAAAACUUGAUGGACGAUACAGGAAGUGGUUGAUUCACACUGACCUCGACCAGCCUGCAGCUAUUGUUGUCAAUCCAUCACUUGGAAUGAUGUACUGGACAGACUGGGGCAGGAAACCCAGAAUAGAGUCAGCGUGGAUGGAUGGAGAACACAGAGAGGUGCUGGUCAACGAGGAGGACCUGGGCUGGCCCACGGGUCUGGCUCUGGACUACGUGAACGGAAACAGGAUUUACUGGUGUGACUCCAAAGAAAACAUCAUCGAGUCAAUGAAGCCUGAUGGCACAGAUAGGAGGAUCGUCAUAUCAGGAGACAUUGGAAAUCCUUACAGUCUGGAUAUUUUUGAGGGGCAUGUGUACUGGACAACUAAAGAGCGAGGUGAAGUGUGGAGGACUAAUAAGUUUGGGAGUGGAAAUAAAGUCAAAGUUCUUACAAUCAACCCCUGGCUGACGCAAGUUCGCAUUUACCAGGAGCAUCGACACAAUCAGUCAGUGCCAAACCCUUGUAAGAACAUAUGCAGUCACCUCUGUCUCCUACGACCUGGUGGAUACACCUGCACCUGCCCACAAGGUUCCUCUCCGGUGCAUUUUGACUCCAACGAAUGCGAUGCAGCCAUUGAGGCACCUGUUGCAAUGCCCCUUGCAUGCAGAUGCAUGAAUGGUGGAACCUGCUACACUGAUGAGGGGGGUCUGCCCAAGUGCAAAUGUCCAUAUGGUUAUGUGGGCAGUUACUGUGAGAUGGGCCAAGUGAAACGUGCUCCUGCAGGAACAGCUGUGGCUGUUCUGCUGGCAGUCAUCAUCAUCCUCAUUACUGGAGGUUUGGCUGUUGGCGUUUUUCUCAACUACAAACGAACAGGAUCCUUCAUCCCUUCCAUGCCCAAACUACCAAGUCUCAGCAGCCUGGUGAAAUCUGGAGACACGGGAAAUGGAGUGACGUUUCGUUCAGGAGAAAAUGUCGAUCUCGGACCUUCGCACAUUGGGGUGUCUUUCAUUGACACAGCCAUGCAGAUGGAUGAUAAUUUCGCCAUGGAAGCUGGAAGGCAGCCAAUUACAUUUGAGAACCCAUUGUACGCCAACGCUGCCGGAGUGUCUGGAGAUCCAGCUGUCAUUCAUGCAACACAGGUGACAGUCAAUGUGAGCAGUGACCAGUUAGCAAACAACUUUGUGAACCCGACGUAUCGCGCAGAUCAGAGCGUGGGCAUCGUGAACACAACCUCUGUCAGCACCAAACCUGUUCAGGAGUCAAAGUGGACCUUAUUUAAAAGAAAACUGAGGCCGGGCACCACGUUUGACAACCCUUCAUACUCAGAGAUGAAGGAUGAAAAGCCUGCAGGAGGCAGCGGGGAGCCCUCUGCUCCCGAACCCUCUCCGUUCGUUCCUCCCGCCAAACUUCAGAAGAGGGAUCGUCCAAGCACCUUUUCUCCGACCGAGGACAGUUUCAAAGACACAGCCAACCUCGUCAAAGAGGACAGCGACGUAUAACCCUUUUCUCACAGACGGGAGUGGAAAAAAGAAACACACUUUGCACAGAUUUUAUUUUUUUAUGCAGCCUGUGUACAAAAACUCAAAUUGUUUUAGAGAGAGAUACAUUUCUAUAAAAUGAAGAGAAACGUCUUCUGUGACUAUGCCUUCUGACAUUUCUUAUGCCAAUUCUUGUGUUAAUGUUUUUUUUCUUUAUUCUGAUGUACAAUAUGUAUAUCUUUGCACUGAUGCUGCUGUUAGAAAUGUUAAUAAAUAUGUUGUAUAUUUGUAAAUUUGAACAGUAAGAUUUUGUCAUUGAUAUGAGGCUGAAAUAGAUCUUAUGAAUAGUUCAACAUAAACACAGUAACACGUAUAAAAGGUGAGUUGCAUUCUGACUGUACAGUACUUAUAUCAUCAGAUUAUUAUAGACGUAUGAUGCCAUGGAACGAAACUGAAGAUGUAUUUACUUCAUACUCUGUGUUUAUAUACCUCAUUUCAGGGCUGAAACAAAUUAAAUCAAGACAAAUAAGAUUGAAUUAUAACUUACAGAUACAUUUGUAUCAGCUAAAAUACGACACGCAACUUAUUGUACCUAAUCAAACUAAUUUCUACCUUACAACCACUGACUUUGUGACUUUGAAUCAGUCUGAUCAUUUUUAGUACUGAUAUUGGAACAAUGGCCAAAAAAAAUACUUGAAUGUGCCCGUGUUUGUUGCAUAAAAGUGAAUUUAUGUAGUUGAUUAUCUUGAGGAGCGAUGCGUUACCUGAAGCAGAUGUAGACAGUCAUUUUGUAAACAGUUCAGAAAAUUGUAUCUUUCAGAAUGAUUUAUUUUAUAUUGCAAUGACGACAAAUAAAACACUAUAUCUGUGAUCAUCCACAAAACACCCUUGUUGUUUAAAUUGCUGCUGUUGAGACAUGAAUGAAUAAAUUUUCCUAUUUUGUAAAA